UAUAUACCUUCCGUGAUUGCCGACAGCAACCUAUAGCGUCCGCGACCACGAUCAAAGCGCUGUUGCGACGGCUCUGGAUCAUUAUGGUCUGCCCAGGCAAAGCCACAUGCAAUAGUUCAGACGGCGCACUGCAGUGGGUGUGUUGCACUAGCAUCGCUGGUCUUGGCCCUCGCCCGUUGCGUGACGCGAUAGCGUCGAUCGGUCGCCCCGUGUCAUCGACGCGCGUUCGUCAUACGAGCCGUUGGUUGGCGUCAGUCGCUUGCCGUCGAGCUACUCGCUUCGGAAAAAUAGGACCUACAUUCUGUGUUGCAGAUCCGCAUGACAUCACCGUUGCGAGACGCCGACGUGGUCAUGGCCGAGGAUGGAUCCUGCAGUCGCAGUUUGCAUUUCGCCGCCUUGAAGAUGCUCGAUGACGUGGCCGUCUACUCGCAAGCGACCGUGAAGGCGCUCUUCCAGGACAUCCGCCACGUCGACUUGCCCAACGGGUUGCACAUGGAGUACGCUGUCCACGGCGCCGGCGACGACGCGCCGCACAAGAUCCUGCUCCUCAUGGGCCUCAUGGGCGAGAAGGAGACGUGGACGCCGCUGCUCGCGACGCUCCUCGACCAGUCGACGCACCACCACGCGCAGUACCAGAUUGUGACGCUCGACAACCGUGGUGUUGGCGGCUCGGACAAGCCGUUCGUGCGCUACACGACCGCGCUCUUGGCAGACGACGCGCGGUUGCUUCUCGAGCACCUCGGCUGGACCCGCGUCCAUGUCGUCGGCGUCAGCAUGGGCGGCAUGGUGGCGCAAGAGCUCGCGUACGCAGCGCCGCACCUCGUCCGGUCGCUCGCGCUCAUCGUGUCGUCACCGGGGCACACGACGGGCGCGUUUCCCGGCAUUGCGCAGUUUGCGACGUACCUGACGAUGGCCAAGUUUGGCUUUGCGCGUACGAUGCACGACAUCGUCGACACGAUGAUGAGCACGCUCUAUCCCAAGCACUACCUCGCGCAGACGACGUCGGACGGCCGCACGGUGCAUGCGAUGCUGCAUCAGUACCACCUCGAGCUCCUCGACGGCGUCACGUUCAACUUGGCGGGCGUGCAGGGCCAGCACGCGGCGGUCUUUGGCCACAACAUGAGUCCGGCGCGGCUUGAGGCCGUGCGCGCCCACGGGUUUCCGAUGCUCAUCGUCGGCGCCGCGCACGACUGGAUUCUGCACCCGAAGAACGCCGACUACCUCUUUCUGCACCUCGAGGGUCCGCACACGCGCAAGGUCUUCUUCGAAUCGUCGGGCCACUGCGUCCAAAACCAGAUGCGCCGCGAGGUGGCCGCCGCGCUCCACGACCAUUUUGCCGUCGAGCCUACCGCGCCGUGACGUGCCUUUUGUGGAAGAGUGCAUUUUAUAACGUCAAUGUGAUGGCGCUUGGAGCUACA